ACCGGCACGCGGCUGGACAUUUGAACCUCCCCGGGGAACAUCGCAAUUGAUCAUAAUGCUACUUCUAGAGACCUUAAAGUUGUGGUUUUACCGGUGACCGAUCUUCAAGUAACCCUCAUUAGCAGGAAGCAGUGAUAGUUUUCUUUGAUCCGUACUCGUCAGUGUAAUUAUAAUGCCAUGGCUUACAGGGCCGUCCAGCUGUGGCUCAUCUCAGCGACGGCGGUGACACUCGCGACGGCGGGGAGUGAGUGUUCAUCAUGUGGCCUGCUUGUCAAAGGUGUUUCUGCCCCAGCCAUCACCAUCGGGGACGGCAUCAGCGUGCGCCUCAGACCUCUCAAUGCCGUCAAAACCCUGAGACUCAACGUGCUUCUGGAGGACGAUAAAGAGCAGGAACUCUACGAACUGGAGAUCAAUGAAAACAUGGACGUGGUGUGGGGGGACAUGGAGGUGACGCUACGGGACUCCAAAUCUCACAGUAAUGUAUUAAAGGUGCCAUGGCCUCCUAUCCUCGUCUCCCGGGCUUGGACGACCCUCUUCCUUCGCCUCCACUACCACCACCUCCUCCAGCUUGCGGCCAUUCCCCACGAGGCAUUCAAAGAAUCUCGCAGUUUCGUUCACUCCCAGAUCCUUCUCCAACCAGCGGCCAUCAGUACCAAGCUUGAGAGGUUUGGCGUCACUAAAAUGAGGCUGAAGCUGCUCAGUUCAAAUAUCUCCAUAGAGUAUACUGCUGAUGGUGGCGAAGAGCACUUAGCCACGGCCUUUGCCUCUCAGUUUGGGAUAGGCUCCACCGUUCCUUUCUGGCGCAGUCUGGCCUGGAUCAUGCUGGGCGUCAUAGGCAUGUUGAUAGUGAUCCUGGCCUUCACCUUCGUCAACAUCUACCUCAGCCACAAGAAGCAGCCCAACAGCUUCACUCUGGCGUGGUCUCAGACUGGUGGCAAAGAAGGGACAGCGCCUGGACCAGUGAUGGUGUCGUCAACUCACGGGGGGAAGCAAAAGGACGGCAGGGGGAAGGGCGACAAGGGCACACUGAACCUUCCCCGGGUCACUGUGGGUGUGGUCUCCUCUCGUGCUCCCUCGCCUGGACACGAAGUAGACGAAAACACGCUGGAUUAUGUAAACAAAGCAUUCUGUUGUGAUGAAGAUUGAGCUAUGCCGGGUACUAAUACAGUGGACUCUCAAUUGAGCAUGUUUCAUAUUGUGGAUUUCUUUGUAAUGUCCCCUCGAGCUAACACACACACCCACAUACACACACACAAAUAAGAGUAGUUAAUAGUGAGAACCUGUGAGAAAGUGAGGUAAAGGUAGGUAAUUGUGAGUGUAGGUAAUAGUGAGAAAGUGUGAUAAGUGUAGUUAAUAGUGAGAAACUGUGAAAAGUGUAGUUAAUAAUGAGAAAUUGCAAGAAAGUGUAGUUUGUAUAGUGUGUCCACAUAGAAAAGUUGAUGGGAUUAUUUUAGUUGACACAGAAAAGACAAUAAAAUAAUCGUGUCUGAUGGAACUAAUAAACAUACUAUAUUGAGAUUCUUAGUAUUAUUGUAGAAGAGUUUAACCCCUAAAGGACCGGGGGUGGCUGUUUUUUCGUUACCGCUGGGACCGGCCUUCCCGUGCUAAACCUGGAAAUUGCCAAUAUUCACACACUCUCUACGCUUAACCUACAUUGCACGAGUGAAUAAGAUAGAUUUUGUACUAACCACCAAGUCUUUCUAAAGACACCAUCCAGAAGUCUCUACGUGCCGUGGUUACGGAGAAACAGCGAGUUGAAUAGAAUAGACUUUUGGGGUGAGCGCGCCGGUUAUAACCGUUUCCGGCCCUUCCCCGAUACAGCGGCUGUAGCCGCCUCCGGUCCGGUAUUUUAUCGUUAAGGGGUUAAGGGAUAUUUAGUUGACAUAGGAAAGUUAAUGACACAACCAGGGAUUAUACAUGUAAAUAAGGCAUUCUCCUGUGUUGAAGAUUAACCUAUGUGUGUCUGCUGCUAAUAAUAAAUGUAAUAUCUA